AUGUCAUCAGCGCGGAAUAAAAGGCGCGAAAGCCGCGAGGUGUUGUGCAGUGGAAGCCUCAGUCGCAGGAAAGUUCUGACCAAAAUCCUCUAAUUCACACGUACCAGCAAAUCUUACAACAUGGCAACGGACGUAGCAGCACCAAGUACUUCGUCAGGCAGCCCAAGCAAGGACCUUGAUAGUGAAGCGAAAGAUCUGAUUGGCCAAGGUCGGCGCCAUCUGGUAAUGGGAGAGAUUCCAAAUGCCGUCAACUGUUUCCAGGAGUGCUGCGGCAUCUUGGCUGCCAAAUACGGAGAGACAGCAGAUGAGGUUGGUGAGGCGUACUAUCUGUAUGGGAGGUCCUUGAUAGAACUGGCUAGGAUGGAGACUGGUGUCCUUGGUAAUGCCUUACAAGGAGUACCAGAGGAGUCUGACUCUGAAGCUGAGGAGGGGGAAGACAGCACAGUUGGCAACCCUGAUGAAGUCAAAGGAGAGGAGAGGGAGAAAGUGUCAAAAGAGGUGGGAGAAGCCUUUGAGGCAGUUAUAGAGGCCGCUGAGGCCGCCAAGGAAAAGAAAGGGGAGAAAGAUACACCUGAACAAGAGGCAGAUACAGACAAAAAGGAGGAAAGUGAUGACACCAAGGCAAAGGAUGAUGGGAAGGGAGAUGCUGAUGCAGAAACAAAGGAUGAUGGGAAGAAAGAUAAAGAACCUGACACAAAGGCUGAUGAGAAAGAAGAAAAGAAAGACGAAGCAGAUGCUGAAAAGGAAGAUGCAGAGGACACUGGGAAGUCAGAAGAGGAGGUCAGCCAGGAUGAAGAAAUGGAAACAGGAGAGGACCAAUCAGAGGGAGUUGAAGAAAAGGACUCGGAGAAGGAGUCAGAGAAAGAAUCUGAGGCUUCAGAGGAUGUCAGUAACCUCCAGCUUGCCUGGGAAGUCCUGGAACUGGCCAGGAACAUCUACAGCAAGAAGGAAGCCAAGGAAGACAGGUUAAAGCUGGCCCAGAUCUACCUGCACCUUGGAGAGAUUGGACUGGAGACAGAGAAGUACGACCAGGCUGCUGAGGACUUCAUGUCGUGUCUGAAGAUCCAACAGGAACUGCUGGACGCUGAAGACAGGCUGCUCGCUGAGUCUCACUACCAACUGGGCCUGGCCUACAGUUUGAGCAAGGACUAUGACAAGUCCAUCGAGUACUACCGCAACUCCCACAAUGUUAUCAAAUCCAGAAUAGGCAUGUUGCAAGGCAAGAUUGAAGAGCUGGAGACUGGAAAAGGAAAAGAGCCUGUGUCCUCAGAUGACCCCAUCAUGGUCCAUAGGAAGGAGGUAGAAGAACUGAAUGCUCUGCUGCCUGAGAUCAGCUCCAAGAUGGAAGAUGCUGAGGAGAUGAAGAAGGGAGCGGAGGAGGAGGCCCGUGCCAUCAUGGCCUCAGAACUGGGCAUUGGAGCUGGAGUAUCCUCGUCUUCAUCAGCUGCACCUGCAUCCACGAUUGCUGUGAAGAAGGCAGGGGAAGGGUCAUCGUCGUCUGCCGAGGCCAAACCUGCAGCAGACAUCAGCCACCUUGUCAGGAAGAAGAGGAAGCCAUCUGACGAGGAGAAAGCAGACAGCAGCAGUGAUGCCAAGAAGCCCCGACAGGAGAACGGCGCCGGUGACAAGGCAGAGGUGAACGGGACCGCCGUCAACGGAACAGCCGUCAACGGUGCGGCCACGAACGGCGCCGCCGGAACCAGCAGCACGGAGACCUCACCAGAGAAGGACAAACAACAGGCUAAGAUCACCCCUAAGACUGUCGAGGACCUGAAGAAGGACCAGGAAUCCAAGAAAGACCAGGACACUGAGACUGCUGCCAUGGAGAUGACUUCAUCAUAGGUUACCAUGGAGACGACCUCAUCCUAGGUUACCAUGGUGAUGACCUGUUCUACUACUCUGGACAUGACCACAUGCAAAGGCAAAGGAGUGAAAGAAAACAAGAACACCUUGACACAAAAUGGCAAUAUGUUGUCAUUAAACACAGAUGUUCUAAAUAAACAAAGAGGUGCUUUUAGUUUUCUGACAGGAAUUAAACCAUCCAUUUAAACUACUUUUCGAAGCAUUUCAGUACUUACUCAUAGAUAAACCUUGUAGAGGAAAUAUUUCAACAGGCGUUUGUAAUGUUCUGUUGAUAUGACUGUGAACUAAACAUACAAACCUCUUUAAAUGUGUCGGUCUUUCCAUGUGCGUUCCAAAGAUCAAGAUGUGUUCAUAAAAGACAGGUUUUGCUUCCAAAGUUCUCUCUUCAGGACAUGCCAUGUACUCUUUUCUUACAUUGUCCCCCUUACCAAAAGAUGUUCCAGGAUAGAAGUAACUGUCUUGGCCAUGUACAGAUAUCAAGCUGUUCUGUGUAUAAAAUUCCGUCUGUCUUGAACACGUAUUCCAACUCUGGUGCUGGUCAGACUUCCACUGUGGGUUUAUACUGUAUAAAAUCCUAUAUUUCUAUAUUCCAAAACUAGCUGUUUGCUUAUACAGUGUAUCAUGAAUGUAUGUGUUGUACUACUAAUAAGAUAAAGAUCUAGAGCCUCCGCUGCCAAAAAAGACGGGGUACUAGCUGAUAUACUGUCCCCGUCUUCUAUAGAUUUAGAAUGGUCUUUACACUAUUACAGCUGUUCCAAUCUGUCCUUCACUCACUCACUAUCCGUGUAAUGUGUGCACUUGCAUUAUAGGUGACUCAGACUGCACGUACAAAUGUAUUCUGUCGAAUUCCGAACUUACAUCCGUCACAUUUGGAUAAUUUCCACAGAUAGAUCUUGGUUAUUUUGUUGAUCUUGUGCGGCUUUUUCUGCUUCUACUGGUCAACCAUUAGAAAAAGCACACGUCUAGGACGGCAGAAAAGGCCACAAAGAUGACAACAAAAUAACUCUUACCUAUAAUUCCUCUGCUGGGAGAUGAACAUUUGGACAGAGAUGUCUAUGUUGUAUGUUAUCGUACAUGUACUAUUAGGUCUUGUGAUCAGUCUAGAAUCAGAUCUUCCAUAACAGCUUUCUAACUUUUGAACAUUUAUGUCCCUGCUUACUUGUAUGACCAACAGAGCCAUUUAAGAAUACAGGUUUUCUACUUUUCCAAGAAAUAAAUGAACGCGAAAUUUGGAAGGGACCAAAAUUUGCAAAUCCAGAUAUGUCAUUUUUCUACAUUUUAUAUGUGUUAAAGGUGUUGAGUAUUUCAUCAGAGAAAUUUAUACGCUAGUGUACACAUAGUCAAGACAUUCAAAAUGUGAACAAGUUUCAUCAAAGUCUUUGAUAUUAAGUGACUGAUUUGGAGAAGUGAGACAUUAAAGCAUACAUGUAUAAGCAGACGUGUUGUACUUUAUUCCUUUUUCAAAUAAUAAAGACUUUGGUAA